AUGUCCCGCACCAGGAGACGGCAUGGACCAGGACUGAGACAGGGGGCCGGACACAAAGCCAUUAAAACAUCCACACACACCCUCCAGGGGCCCCACUCCAAGACCCAAGGACCCCCGAACCAGCCCCCGUGCCCCACAGGACGCAUCCCACAGCCCCUCACUCCACUAAAACCACAACCACAACGUCCACCCACUCCUCCACCAUCUCCACUUUUGAAAAAUCCAUGGAGAGAAAUAUCCUGGAGCAAAAAACAGGAGCUUCUGCAGUACAUAAAGAAUUUUCAACCUCAAAAUGAAGGAAUCACAGCAAUCAGAGUUUUGCUGUAUGGACCAGUUGGUGUGGGGAAGUCCAGCUUCAUUAACUCUGUUAACAACGUCUUACAAGGAAGAAUGACAAAUGAAGCCUUGGCCAGUUCCACGACCUCUGAUCAAAGCUUCACCAAGAAGUAUCAAACCUAUAAAAUCAAGAAAGAAAGCAGAGGAAACUUUUACCCUUUUGUGUUCAAUGACAUCAUGGGUCUGGAGGAUGGAGAGGGAAGAGGAGUCAGUUCAGAUGACAUCAAACUGGCCAUGCAGGGACAUGUGAAGGACAAUUAUAAGUUCAAUCCUGCAUCUACACUUUCUUCUGGUGAUUUUGCGUACAACUCUUCCCCAUCCAUCAGUGACAGAGUCCAUGUUCUGGUUUGCAUUUAUUCUGCUAAUGCAGCACAGAUGAAUUCCUCUGUCUUACAGAAAAUGAAGGCUAUCAGAGAGGCUGCCAGUGAUCUGGGUAUUCCUCAGCUGGCAAUUCUCAGCCACGUUGAUAAAGCCUGUGGUGAAACAGAAACAAAUCUGAGAAAUGUCUACAGGAGCAAAUACUUAAAGAAAAAGAUGGGUGACUUCAGUUCUAGCCUGGGGAUUCCCAUGAACUGCAUUCUUCCACUGAAGAACUACAGUGAUGAAACCGAGCUCAAGGAAGAUGUUGACAACCUGAUCUUGGCUGCACUGAAACUGAUGAUUGACUUUGGAGACGACUAUGCUGAAAAACUGUGUGGGGAUACACAUUGAUUCACAGCAGAAUAUUGUUCAAAGACAUAAAGUACUUUAUUUAAUCGUGGAAUAAAAUGUGAGUUAAUACGCAGAAAAUGUGGGUUCUGAAAAUAAAUUAUAUAAAUGUCAAUUUUAGGGUUAGUCAAUUAGGACGGGAUUACAUUGCAGCUAACUCCUCAAAUAAGGAUGUUUUAUUUGCCUUUAGUUCAAGCUUACUUUAAAUAUAUCUUUUCAUAUUCUGUUUUGUUAAAUGAUUGUGUUUUCUUUAGCUGAAAGCUAAAAUCAAUUUUAACAGACAUAAAGCCUGAUAAUAAUAUGUCAAUGUAAUUAAUCAUCAUUUUGUGUUUCACUUAGUAAAUUAGGUUACUGAAAUAAAAACUUAAGAAUAAUUGUUUCUCUGUUAUUGGUCUGCAAAGAAACUUUGCAAAGGAAAAAUGUG